UUUGCUCCGUGCGUGUGAGAAAGGGAAGAAAGGAGGUAGCCUACAACGAAGUGCGGUUGCGUUGCAAGGAGUGCACUGGCGAUUUAUCAUUGUUGUUGUUUGUACACUUCGCCCGUUUCCCAGUUCUUAACCUGGCGCAGGGUUGAACGGUUAAAAUGGAGGCGGACAGAUCCGGCGGAGGACCAAACCCGAACUUUGGAGGCGGCAGCGGCGGAGUGGGGCGCAACCCAAACGGGCCCAAAGCAGCAGCACCGGGGCAGUCAACACCAGUAGCCGCUACUGGGGGUAUGGCAGCAACAGCGGCGGCGGCGGUCGGGGCCAUGCCCGGAUCGGCACACCUCCGCGAAUCACAGCAGGACGCCGAUUCGGGAAUGACUCUUCCCGGGAUCCUGCACUUCAUCCAGUACGAGUGGGGACGCUUCCAGGCCGAGAAAUACCGCUGGGAGGCGGAAAGAGACGAACUUCGUGCUCAGGUAGCAUUCCUGCAAGGUGAGCGGAAAGGACAAGAGAACAUGAAACAGGACCUAGUAAGGCGGAUUAAAAUGUUGGAAUAUGCCCUCAAACAAGAAAGGUCUAAACACCAGAAGCUGAAGACCGGAAAUGACUUGAGUUCGAGUGACAAGAAACCAGAGAUGGAAGCAGAACCCAUUCCCAAUGGCCCGGCUGAGGCAGAUUCCGAGCCAGCCAAUCAGAUGUCGUGGAAGGAGGGACGUCAGCUACUACGCAAAUAUCUAGAGGAAGUGGGCUACUCGGACACCAUCCUUGAUAUGCGUUCGAAACGAGUGCGAUCCCUGCUCGGGCGGAGCAGCCCUGAGGCCAAUGGACCUCCGCCACCCGAAUCCUCGCCGGAGCCUGAGACGCGGGCUGCUGGCGAAUCCUUGUUGGUCAGACAGAUCGAAGAGCAAAUUAAGAGGAAUGCAGGCAAAGAAAGUUCUAAGGAACGUCUCGGUGGCUCUGUGCUCGAUAAGAUCCCCUUCCUGCACGGAUGUGAGGAUGAUGAUGAAGACGACAGUGAUGAGGAAGACGACUUCCAAGGCAUGGCAACAGAUUGCAUCGAUGGCCCUCGCAAGAGCAAAAAGUCUCGAGUAAAGAUUGGUCCGGAGUCUAUGACCACAGACCUAGACCCCGACGACGAGGAGGAUGAGGAUGACUCAGAAGACGCCCUCAGUGAAUUUGACUUUCUGGGCUCCGGGGAGGAUGGGGAGGGGGCGGGAGAAGCCAGGAUCUCUGGGGACGGACGGGAGUUAGAGAACCGCAGGAACAAGUUACAAGGCAUGAUGUCGGACUUCCCCGCAAAACCUGCUCCGCCCCCCUCUUUAUCAGGACAAACUCGCUCGGGCGAAGGUGGCGCCUUGGGUUUCUCCUCAGAUGUCUUCAUCAUGGAUGCAGUUGGAGGUGGAGACAUGAACUUGGGUGAACUAGCUGAUCUCACCGUCGCCAAUGACAACGAUCUCUCCAUGGAUAUGCAGGAUAACAGAGAGGAGUUCAAGAAGACGUGGAACCCCCGUUUCACGCUUCGCAGCCACUUUGAUGCCAUCCGUGCGCUGACGUUUCACCCCAGCCAAGCGGUGCUGCUCACAGCCUCGGAGGAUGGAACACUAAAACUAUGGAACCUCAACAAAGCCAUGCAUUCCAAGAAAAAUGCUGCUUUAGACGUUGAGCCCAUUUACACUUUUCGAGCGCACAGUGGCGCCGUUUUGUCACUGACUAUGGGAGAAGAUGGAGAAUCCUGCUAUAGUGGAGGCCUGGAUGGAAGCGUAAGGUGUUGGAAGAUGCCAGACUUCAAUGUAGAUCCUUACGACAACUACGAUCCUGGUAUAGAGAGCAGUGUGCUGGCAGGUCAUGAGGACAGCGUGUGGGGUCUCACAUAUUCCGCUGUCCACCAUCGGCUGGCCUCGUGCUCAGCGGACGGCACCAUUCGCAUCUGGGACCCGCGGAGCUCUGCCCCCUGCCUGUCUGUCAUCAAUAAGGAGAGGGAACACGGGACGCCCACAUCGGUGGCCUUUGUGGCUUCUGACCCCAACCAGGUGGUGGUGUCGUUUGACGCAGGCGAAACCCUGCUCUAUGAUCUCAACACGGAGCAGAGCAUCACAGCACUCGAGACGCAGACCAAGGAUGGAAGUGAACUAAUUAACCGUGUGGUGAGUCACCCAUCUGAGGCCCUCUCCAUCACCGCACACGAGAACCGCACCAUCCGCUUCCUAGACAACAAGACUGGUAAAGUGGUCCAUUCUAUGGUGGCCCACUUGGAUGCGGUUACAUGUCUCACAACAGAUCCGAAAGGCACUUACCUCAUCUCUGGCAGCCACGACUGCUCUGUGCGCUUGUGGAUGCUCGACAACAGGACGUGCGUGCAGGAGAUCACGGCCCACAGGAAGAAACACGAUGAGGCUAUUCACGACGUGGCCUUCCACAGUUCUCAGCCCUUCAUCGCCAGCGCAGGCGCCGACGCACUCGCCAAAAUCUUUGUCUGAUCAUACCGCCGUUCCAUCUGGUGAGGCCGGAGCGGCGGACACCCUCGACUGUGCCGAAAGAGACUACAAUGGACACAAUUUCCCCUUCAUACACACAAGCGCGUGAAAACACACACACACACAUACACACACACACACACACACUGUUGUCCUGCAUCCCACUGGCUGGGUUAUUGUCACAGGACGUCACCUCCCCUCACUUCCUCACUGUUUUAUGCCUCAGUGACUUCUUGUUAUACAAACCACACUGCUUUGUUUUUUAACUCGAGAAGCUCCUAUCUGCGGCUUCAAAAAAAUCAUUUCUACACUACAAUAAGCUUUUCCGCUUUUCUUUUUUUUUUUUUGUAUUCCGUGUCUACCGAUUGUUAUGUCAAGGUGGCAUGUGCACUCGAGCUCUAUGAAUUACUGCUCAUGUUUUAAGGAGAACCAUCAAUUAGACUCGUGCAUGCCGUAUAAAUGCAAGGUGUAAAUCCUGACCAGUGGGAUGUAGGUAUGUUAUCUAAUCGGGGAACCUGUCUGUAUGUAUCACAUUCCAAAGACUCAAUGAGGAGUAUGUGGUGCAUUCUGGGUUUUUUUUUUUUUUGCUUUUUUUUCCCCUCAAGGUCCGACAAUGUUCAACAUGCCAGUGUUUCAACUUAAUAGCUUUAAUUUCAACUUGGCCACGACCCAUUUUCACUGUAUAGAUGUUGUAUGGAAUGUCAAUUUGUCUAUAUUUAAAGUGGAACUGAACCCCUGAAGUUCAAGGUUUUGCUUGUCAGGUGCCGUUUCAAGUAGUUUUUCGAAAAAUGUGCAUCAAAACAAUCCAUCUGCUCUUGCGUAAUCGCUUCUGGAGGCUGCCAUUUCUUUCAGAUUUGUAAGAAUGUGACCUAUUUGCUCGACUUAUUAUGCAACUUUAUUUAAUAGAAGAACCACCCAGAGUUAGUACGAACUCAGUUAGUUGCUCCAAAUCAGUAGUUUUCAGUAAGUCCCAAAAACAGCAUCGUGCUUGAGGUUACUAAACAUUGCAUCGUUCAAGUUAGUAAAAACUUUGUAUUGCUAUCAUAUAGUAUUGCGCAUGAACAUCUACACAACACCACGAAAUUCAUGUUCAAUCGCUAAUUUAAUACUCUGUCGUUGAUUAAACUGGUAGAAUAUGGUGAUCGCCGACUAGACAACAAAGCCAUAGAUACUUCCUAAAGGAAAUGACUUUGGUUACAUCAUCUUCCCCGAACACUUUUUCAAAGCUCCUCGAGCCACGAGGCAGCUGACGUUUCCUUGACAGAAAUAUGUUUUUAAAUGCAUCUAACCUAACUAUUUUCUCAAGUUAUUGUCUUGGAGAAAAAAAAAAAAACACUGAAUGUUGAGGCGACAACCAUGACGUAUGGCUCCGAAGCGUUCAUGAGCCUUUAUGCAUUUGUUUCCGCAAACUAUUUUCUAAACUUUAUAAUGUUUAGUAAUGGGUAAUAUAACAUACAAUCGAUUUGGGGACGGACCAGCUUGCAAAAUUAUUCGCUUUCGACAGCCUGUCGGCCGACACAAUUCAUUAAAGAAUCUUGGUUGCAGGUAUCGCUCUGAUCACACAUGGCGUCACAUGACUAGCUGGUAAUGAUUAGGCCCAAUGUGGUGUAGCGGCCUCCUUAUAUUGAUUAAUAAUUUUGUUUAAUUUAUACUCCAUUCACACAAUAUUGAUUACAGUGCCACAUUUUGACUAGCGCUGGUACAGACAAUGUAUUCUUGCUUUAAAAAUAAUUGGGUUUAGUUCUUCUUUAAGGCUGACAGUGCUCUUGUAUAUCAGUAAGGUGAGAACACAGUUAAUGGUUGGGGAGUGCGGUUUGAGGCCAAUCUGGGCGUUCCCAGCAAAUUGGGUUAUUUGCUGCUUUUUACUGUACAGAGGAGUGUGUGUGCAUGCGUACGCACGAGUGAAAUCAUGGUGCUAUGAAAGCUUGCGUUAGUUCAGGGAUUUUUUUUUUUUUUUUGGCGCGUGGUAGAGUAAGACUUGCAGUGUUGACGCGUCACUGUUGAAUCACUUUGUUGACUUGCCAUGCAUUUCACAAUGUUGACUGUUCCAAAUUUCUCCUCGGUGGCAUGUGUGAGUGCAAGAGAGAUCCUUUGUCCCACCCGUCCGCCCCCCAUGGAAUGUCUAUUUGUCGGCGUUCUGCAUUCAGAACGCCCCAACCCCUCCUCCACAAAAAAAAAAAAGGACACCCUCCUGAGAUUCCCUCUUGUUGUAUGGCGCACAUGAAUUUGCACCGUGGCACGUUAGCCUCGAGGCAUGCCCAAGAGAAACAGCUCAGAGGGGGAAUGAAACGAUCGUUUUGAAUCUGUCACGUUUAUCACUACACAUAGAAAGCGUCGUUUGGGAGCUGAGGUGCUGUGUAAGAACGUCAGUUUAACUUAGUAACUGUUGAUCAGAGCCCUAAAGUGUCUGACCACUGUGUUCUGGUAUUUGUCAGGGGAAGCCCUAAUACGUCAUGGAGGAACCGUACGGUUGUAUUUAUGAUUAAAAAACAACUUUCAGUUUAAUACCUCAUAGGGAUGAGGAUUUUCAUAUUAAUUGUUUAAUUAUGGGGAAAUGGAUUCAUCAAUUAUGUCUAAAUAUUUUUAAUGGAAUGGGCGAAUCUUUGAACGCUUUUCACUCUUCGUAGUAGUUGCCAUAUUGUCAAUGUUGGGCGGAAACCUUUGUUCAAAUACAGUCAAUUUCAUAUUACUUCAUAAACUGGUACGGUUGGUCGUGGAUCUGUUAUUUUUGAAAAUUAUUGACCAAUCUAAAUGAUUCAAAAUAGCCUACUCUCUUUGAGGAUGCAAUACUAAUGGCUGAACAAUUGUGAUUUUUUUUUUUUUAACUGAAAAGGGAAUGUUUUGGAGUUCACGAGGAUUCUGCCCAAUGCCAGCAGUAUGAUGUGUCUGGCUCAACUUGCCAUGCCUGAAAUGGUGGGGUUCUUUUGACAUCAGAUCUGAACAAUCAGAAUUGAUUGUUAUGCCCAUCCAAGUAAUGACUGAAAAUAAAUGUGACAAAAGUUGUCCUACUUGCAACUCUUAAGAUAACAGGGUACCUAUACGGUCACUUUAUUAUUAUUUUUUCUCAUCAUGGGGUCUCCAGCAUUCAGAUCUCUGGGCUUAUCCUUUAUAACCUGCAUUGAAAAACUGGAAAAAAGCGACAGGCGACUACAUCAACUCCCGUAGCGGGAUCUCUUAGAAUGACUGAUCUUUAUAUGAAGCAUUUUUGUGUUUUGCCAUUCCACUUUUUUCCAACCUACAAGUAUUAUUAUUUUCAGAAAACGAAUGAAAAAGUUGUUCAGUCACAACCAAAACAGUCGUGGACCGUCGAUGAAGCAGUGACAAUGAUCAAGAUAAUCACUCUUUUUCAACAUAAAUUGAACUAUUGUAACCAGAGUUUAAUGUUUAGUUUAUGCGAGAUUUUAAAUUCAGAUAAGAGCAAUGCCAACUGCUGGCCUGCUGUGCGUAUUAGUGUUUCCAGUCAUUUGUGCAGGUUCCCGUGAAAGGUCUUUUGACAGCCCCUUUUUUAAAAAUAAACAAGGCAGCCGAGUAAACAAAACUUUAAUCUGGACUAACAAAUGUCAAUCAACAACAACUAGCUUGUGAGUUUUGCUAAAGGGUGCCCUGUAAUUUGUGAUCACUUUGGUUGGGCUCACACGCGACCAAAAUGCAGAUGAUAGCAAAAGGAUAGUUAGCUCAAGGCCAAAACGAGCUUCCUCUGAGUGCAAAUCACUCGGAUGCGUAGCAAAAAAUGAAAAUGGUUGUAGACUUGCUGUCAAUAUUUAGCAUCUUUUUGUUUUCUUGCGUCUGCUUUGACUCUGAAUGCAAAGAAAGUUAAUCAUCCUCCCUGACUUGGCAUAGGACUUGCUUAUAAUUGCUAAUGACAUUUUACAACUUCAUUUAAAAGAAGUUAAGCAAAAACUAAACAACAAAAAAACUCAACAAAAUGCCCAAAAAUGUGUUACCAGUCAGAGGCCAAGGUAAAUGACCCAUUGUAUUUUUAUUUUUAUUCGCAAUUUAUCACUGUGUGAUACUUUGUACAUCAUUAAGCUCUAGUCAAACAAUUUCCUCGAACUACAAGGGAUAAGAGACCUGCUUUUAUCAAUUUUGAUUUAUCUAUUUUUGAACUGCAUUCUAGCUUGUAUCAAAUGACUGUUUUUUGUUUUGAUGGGUCGCUUGUUGUAUGUCAUUAAGAUAAAAGGAUAAAAAAUGAUUUUGUACAGUAA